GCCAGUGCAGCAGGUCUGCUUCUGGAGCGCUUGUAAGGGAUGGCGUUGGAAAACACACUUCUGCCAGUGGCAUCAUAUACACGGGAGACUGGCAAGAGGACAAAAUGCAAGGCAGAGGGACCCUGCAAUUUCCCUCUGGGGCUCAGUAUGAAGGAGAGUUCAAAGACAACAUGUAUCACGGCUUGGGAAAAUACAUCUUCCCAGAUGGCUCGGUUUAUAAAGGCUGCUUUUGCAAUGACAGGCUGGAGGGAGAGGGGACCUUCACUGAUGCACAAGGACUGAGUUGGACCGGAGACUUCCACGGUGAAGUGGCGCUUGCCCUCAAACUGCUGCAUAACGUCUAUAUGGAUGGACCUGAGAUCAUUACACUAAAAUCAAACUCAUAAAAAAAAAAAAUAGUUUUGAGAUUA